AAAUGCAAUGAGAAGGAGCUAUGGUACCAGUUAUUGUAUUUUUCGUAUUUCUGGAGAUUUUACCUGGUGUUUUUUCUCAGACGGGGCCACCGGCGGAUACCAUAUGUAAACCGUACAGGGCUACUAUUUUUUGGGACACGUAUACUGAGGAAUAUGGCUCAUUCUUUUACCAAAGGAUAUUAACUGUACGGCUUAUAGAUGAAAUGCCUGACAACUCCGUGAUACGUUUAAAAGUAGUAGGUACAGCCUUCAGUAGAAGCCUACAUUUCACAAAAGACCAUUCAAACACCAGCUGGGUCGAAAGAAUAGCUGAAAUAGAAACAGGGUAUUCUAGCAAUCAUACUAUUUCGUAUGAAUUCAUCCUCGACGAAAUUUUUGACAUUUUGAAUAUGAAUAUGGCAGAAGAAUUUUUCUGGGUGGUUAACGAAUGUUCGGUGAUAGAAGAAAAGAAAGUGAGGGAAGCAUUGAAAAGAAAGAAAACAUUUGUGGCAGUCACAGGUCAGAUUGAUAAGCCGGUUUCAAAUGUUUGGACCAGUAUUGCUACUGACAAGAAUCACACACUCAAACUUAAUUACAAGGGACACACUAACCUCGAUGAAUUUCUGAAUCUUGCAUGUAAAGAUUCAAGACUAAAUUGCGACACAGAUAUGUACUGGGAUGGCAACAGGUGCCAUAGAUGUUCGUAUAUAUGUUCGAAGGUACCUUCUGAAUAUUGCCGGAAUGAAUGUCCUUACAAAGAAUUCUGUGACUCUUUGAAUCCUGCAGAAACAAAGAAAGCUACAGAAAAUCUUUGA